ACAACAACAUCACUGUAUUGUUUUGGCGCCAAAAUUUUGUCAUUCAGGGGCCUACUUUAACAUAACUGAAAACUGAACAUAUAACGAAAAGGUGUAACAAGACAAAAUGGAAAAAGUCGUCUAUAAUCAAUAGAGGCAAGCAGAUAGGCAUCAUAAAGAGAAAAGAUUCAGCCUAAAAAGAAGAUGCCCCCGGGAAAACGGGUACCAAAAGGGAUGGCGAAGCCACUUCCACCUGGCCAAAUUUUGACCGACUUGCGAAAAAAUCAAUGGAGAUUAGGCCCUCUAAUUGGUCAAGGAGGCUUUGGAUAUCUCUAUCUCGGCUCUGAUAAGAUAAGCAGUGAAGUAACUGACAGUGCAGCCUAUGUUAUCAAAAUGGAGCCACAUUCAAAUGGUCCGCUUUUUGUUGAACUGGCAUUUUAUCAGCGUGCAGCCAAGCAAGAGAUGAUUUCUUCUUGGAUGAAAUCUCACAAGUUGGUACAUCUUGGAGUGCCCACAUACAUUGGCUCUGGAUCAUUUGAGAUUGGAGACUGCAAGUAUAGAUUUAUGAUCAUGGAUAGGUUUGGCCAGGAUGUUGAAAAAUUAUUUCUUGAGUCGUCAAAGAAAUUUCCACUACAAACAGUUUUCAGUCUUGGAUUAAGGAUGAUUGAUGCACUAGAAUACCUGCACGAACAGGAUUAUGUGCAUGCCGAUAUCAAAGCCUCAAAUAUGCUUGUGGGCUUUGGGAAGAAAAAUUCACAACUGGUCUUUCUAGUUGACUAUGGCUUAGCAUUCAGGUACUGCCCAAACGGCAAACAUGUACCUUUCAAGGAAGAUCCCAAACGCAAGCAUGAUGGUACUGUUGAGUACACCAGCCGUGAUGCACACAGAGGACUUGCUCCAUCUCGAAGAGGAGACCUGGAAAUUCUGGGGUAUUGCAUGUUGCAGUGGAUUAUUGGUACUUUGCCUUGGGAAUCAAAUCUAAAUAACAAGGAUUUUGUUAUGCAAGAAAAAAACAACUUUAUGAAAGACAUCCCACGCUCUUUGAAUAAAAUUCUGGGAUCUUCGGGAGUACCAGCACAACUUGAAGAGUUUUUCAAAUAUAUAAACAAGAUUGAUUAUACAGAGAAACCUGACUAUGCAAAAAUAAAGAAAUGGUUUUGUGAUGCUUUGAAAAACAUUGGGCAUGCCGAUGAUGGAAAAUCCGUUUAUUUUGCAAAAUCUUCCACUGAGAAAAAAGCACCUGAUCUCAAAGUUGCCAAUGGAAGCACGAAAAAGCGUGCUGUUGGUAAAAGGAAGUCAGAAGCUGAUGAAGAAAAUUCAAGUUUGCAAGGAGAGCCAACAGUAGUUUUAAAGAAGACAAGAGGAAAGAAACAAACAGAGACAAAGAGACAGUCCUCUAAUGAAGAGAGUCCAAAAAAGAAAAAAGGCAAAGUAAGCACAUCUGCAAGUCCAAAGAAACUUAGUAGAAAUACAAGAAGCACAUCAAAUAGUCCUAACGUCAAUAAAGUUAGUCCUAAGAAGGUCAAGAGACUUGGUUCUCCACCAAAAAGAAAAGCAACCCUUAGAUCAGAAGCAGGAAAAGCUGGCAUAGAAAGCACAAGAAGAAGGGUGAGAAAAAAUAAGGAUGUCUCGAAAGUAGACUUUGCACAGUCUCCAUGACAGUUUUUGUCAUACUAUCUGUUGGGAUAAAUACAGGUUAAAGCAUAACCAGAUAACAAUAAAAAUUGCCCCAUUUUCCAUAUACGUUCCUGAUUCUUUUAAAAUGCAGUAGCAUUCAUUUAGAGUGAAAUGGGUCAAGAUGCCCCCAUGCAUGUAGGCCAUGUCUUUUGCAAUAACAGUUAGUUCUAUAUACCUUAAAGGAAAAAAAUAUUUGCUAAUUUUUCAGUUCAAACUCACAGAAAUAAUAUAUUCUCUGAUAAACAGCUUUAUUAUAUAUCUUGGUGGCUUGAACUUUUGAUUUUUUGCAAAAGACCAAUUUUAGAAAUUUUGUGGCAAAAGAUAAAUGCCCAGAAAUAUCUUGGGCAGUUUUUUUUCUCUAAGGUUAUUUACUACUGUUUCCAAGUUGCACCGGCAAGUCUGACUGAAUUGCUUAAGCAAUCAAGAUGAUAUGGGUGCUUAAAUGGUGUUGUAAGAUCCCUCUUCUAAUGUUAAAUUUUCACACCUUAAUUCUAUGUCCAAGUCACCUGAAAAUGAAGCAUGAGAAUGAUUGAUUACCAUACCAUUGCAAUCAUAGAGCUAUAGCAUGGGGCACCAUGUCUCUCAAAAAGACUAGUACAUAAGUCUGCAAAUUCUCCCAAGAUCUUUGACAUUUGAUUUCCACCCAUUUUCCUCGUUGUUGCUCCUCUUUUAUUAUCCCAUUAUCUCUUCACAAUAUUCCAAUUCAUUCUAACCAAAUUCUCUAAACCCGUUACUGUUAAAUUACUCACAUGUCAAAUAGUUGUCUAGAAGUUCCAACUCUAGAAGUAAUUGGCAUCACAUUUUCAAAUGAGAAUUUCAGAAUAUUAGAGAGGUUAUU